GCUUCCCUUCGCCGUGAAGUUCUUUGUUUUCAUGGUAUAAUGAUGCAUUUGCGCGGAUCGGGCAGCGAUGGGUAGAGCCGGUCUACCCAUUAUUAUAAUUGUUUGGAUAUUCUUUCGUUUAUUGGUUUAUUGUCGGAUUAGUAUUCGGAUUAUUAUUCUUAUUUAAUCGGUAAUUCUAGUAAGAGUUGGACUAGGUUAGGGUUACCAUGUUGAAGGAGAAUUAGGUUUAUGGAAGCUCUCAUGUACUUAACCUUGCGUUUUAUUUAUCGAAGAAGAAUAAACCCCAGUAUUUUCAGUUUCUUUUAGUUUUCGUAUUUCUAGUUCCCGACGCGUGAGGCUAUCACGCGUCAAUUGGUAUCAGAGCCCAGUUUCGAAAAAGAACCGGGACGACGAUGCCUCCCAAGAAGAACCGGGAGCUGGCGGAGAUGAGGGCGAGAGCUGAGGCUCUCGAUCGCCGCCUCCGCGCGACUGAGGGGGAGCUCGGCCUUAUCAAGAGCACGACCGGGAAUCUGGAGAGGGGCUAGACGGCGCUGCAAGUUGUUGUGGAGGAAGUCCGGACCGAUUCUCGGAGCGGGUAUGGAACCUUGGAGCGACGACAAGCCGAGGGCGACACGAAGAUGGAUCACAUCAGCCGCGGCCAGGACGAACUCUGGGCAAUGAUCGCACAGCUCAAGGAGAUGAUUGCAGGGCUGGGGAGUCGCGAGCUGGCUUGUCAGACUAUUGAUCAGAUCCUGGCAGGCGAUAAGCUCAAGGGAACGGUGAUAGAGGCUGAAAAAAAGAGGGGAGACUCGUCCCCGCUGCCUGUGACCCCGCAAAUCACGCCAAAUCGAGGGGCUCGGGGCGGCGAGUUGCUAAAGACAAGGGAUCAUGCGAUCCAGGCCCUAGGCGGCGCAUGGAGAAGCUUGGCGAUCGAUGCGGGUGAUUACCGGCCGCCGCCAACGUCGGGGCUACCGGCAGGCAUGGGUGGGGCGGCAACACGAAGUGAAGGAGGAUCGAGGACGAGGAUGAGGGGCACGGAACCUCGUCGGUCGGAGCAAGAAGGGCCGAGGGAGCUCGGCGGGGCCUGCGGGUCGGGUACGGCAGGAGGUGACCGGCCCAGGGGGCCGUGCGAAGGUAGGUCACACCGCGAGACCAAGAAGCCGGGGGAAGCUGACCGGGGCGAAUCGAGCAAACCAAACCGGGGAGCCGUGGGCCCAGGACGAUUGGAGGCAAGGGGAGAAGCAGCGGCUGCUUUGUUCAAGGGUCGGCAGGCUACUAUUGAGUUUCCACGAUUCACUGGGCAUGAAGAUCCGUCCGGCUGGAUGUCAAGGGUGGAGAAGUACUUCAAGUACCAGGGGAUUUCUGAUGAGCAGAAGGUGGCCUUGGCGUCUUUCCACCUAGAAGAUGACGCCAACCAUUGGAUUAUGUGGUUGGAAGAGGAGUUCGAGCAGAGUGGGAAGGAGAUGUGGUGGGAGGACUUCUGUGAGGAGUUCUGGAAAAGGUAUGGGGCCUCGGAGAAAGCUGCGGGACAUGAGGCGCUGGCAAAGAUCAAACAGACAGGGACCGUGGAAGAUUAUCAGCAGACAUUUGAGAAACUGCUCAAUCGCUGUCGUCGGUGGGGAAAGGAGGCGAUUAUGGGUACCUACAUGGGCGGUCUGAAGCUGGAAAUUUUGGCCUACAUCCGCGCCUUUAAUCCGCAAAAUACCGGGGAUGCAUAUCGGUUGGCCAAAAUUCGAGAAGAGGAGAUGCGAGUAGAAAAAGCGACGAUGGGAGCUGUUUCCCGGGGAACGUCAACGACGCCAAAGGUGAGCUCCGGGCUGUAGCCGCACCAGGGCCGCCACCAGUGGCGGGACGAGGACCACCACCACCCACCCGCUGAGUCAUUCGCAAUCUUACGCCGGAGGAGGCUGCCAGGAGUAGGAGAGAUGGGCUCUGCUACAAUUGCGACGAACGGUUCACCUAUGGUCAUCGAUGUGCUAAUAACCAUGUGUUUGUCAUGAUCGGGGAUUUCGGAACUGAAUCGGCUGGAGAGGACGGGGUUGAGCUGCAGCCUCGGGAUGAGGCUUUCGAAAGGAGGGAGGAUUGAUGCAUUUGCGCGGAUCGGGAAGCGAUGGGUAGAGCCGGUCUACCCAUUAUUAUAAUUGUUUGGAUAUUCUUUUGGUUUAUUGGUUUAUUGUCGGAUUAGUAUUCGGAUUAUUAUUCUUAUUUAGUCGGUAAUUCUAGUAAGAGUUGGACUAGGUUAGGGUUACCAUGUUUAAAGAGAAUUAGGUUUAUGGAAGCUCUCCUAUAAAUAUGUACUUAACCUUGCAUUUUAUUUAUCAAAAAAGAAUAAACCCCGAUAUUUUUAGUUUCUUUUAGUUUUCGUAUUUCUAGUUCCCGACGUGUGAGGCUGUCACGCAUCAUAUAAGAACUGAUCAUCUCUGUGGUUUCUCCCCAAAUUUUAUAAUCUCUACUUUUCCAUCUUUGUUUUUUCAUAAAUAACUAUUCCUUUUCUCCUUCCGUUCCGGCCUGGUAUAGGAGUGCCUUAUCUCUGGUGUGCUGGUAGCCAUGGUCAUGGAGUUACUCAAGGGCGGUAUGAAGCAAAGUCAAUGGACGAUCGAAAGGGAUCGUCGAGCCGGCGAAAAAGGAAAAUGGAUUGUGAGACCAUAAUCUUUCGUUUGUGAUAGUGGUACCUUUCUGAUCUUGCAUAGAUGUUGAAGGGUUCUUGUGAAUAAAAUUCUUAUGGACUU